AUGCAGAGGGCCAGGAGAAGGUCCAGUGCCUCUGCGCCUGCACCUGGACCCGGCGCUGUAAACGCAAACGCAACCGUCCCGCCAACUCCCACCGGCUUCAACUUCUCCUUCUUCACCGGUCCCAACUACGCACCCAACCCCGCCAGCAGUAACAAUAUCGCCCCUUCUUCGCGAGCGCGACCCGGCACAAGCUCAGGCGCCCCUCCCAUUUCAGCCGGCAUAGGCGGAUUCGCCAACACCACCGCCAACAACGGCGACCAGUUCCAAGGCCAGGCAGCAUCAGCACCGUCCGGCCCCAACCUCUUGCGCAAGAACUCGCUCCGCGGCAAACAGUCCUUCGACAACCUCGUCUCGUACUCGUCCCAGCAGCAGUCGCAGUCCAUCUUCAGAGGCCUCCGCCGCCGCGCCAAUUCGAGCUCCUCGCUCCGGGACAGGGAUGGCGUCGGCGCUGCGCUGGGCGUAGUAGCAACCGGUCAAAAGCCCGUCUUGACCAACAGAGGGAACCCGCCCGCCCUGCCCGACUUUGCGCUGUCGGCGGCCGCCAAACUGAGCCGCGAGACCGACGUCUUCACUUCUCCGAGCUCCGCCGCAAAGACCUCCAUGGAUAUCUCGGGCGGUUACAUCCAGACAUCCAACUCCAGGAUGCUGAGCCGGUCCGGCACCACCCCCGUAAAUGGGUUUCCCUCGGGAGGGGGGAUGAUGCCGCCACCGCAGUCAGCCGGAGGGAUGCAGAAUGAGUCCAACAUGGUGCAUCAACACAUACACGAGAUGGCCAACAAGAGGAUAUCGACACUGGAAUACUUACGGAAAGCCCACGAAGGCCGUGUCUACUGGUUCAACACUCUCCUAUUCGAUAAACCCGAUCUUGCACGCAUGCCCUACUUCGAUGCCCGGCGGCUCGCCCGCCGGGCCACAAAUUACCUCCUCCUGGGCCUCUCUCUCCCGACUGUCAUUGACCUCAACUCCUCCACGCCCAUGGAGUUCCUUCGCGCCUUCAAUGUAUUACUAACAGAGUUCGACUCCUUCCAACAACUACACUCCGACACAGGCUCAACCUCCUCUUCCCUCUCCCGCGCGCGAAUACCGCAGAUGUUCAGGCGAGCCACACCAUCCUCAAAAGUAAGGCGGAGCAGCAGUGCGAAUAACGAGAUAUUAUACGAGGCGGGCGACGGCGGGAUUAGUAGCACAAACGGGGGCUCCAUAUCAGGCCAGUCGGCAUCAAAUGGCGCAUUGACCGUGGGGAACGGCCUCGGGGGCUCGGCCAGCGUGGUGAGCUUCGGACAGAGCGAGGCGGACCUGUUACCCGGGGAGGAGUACGUGCACCUGCUUACACCGUCCUUGCCGUUCGACCCGGACUUCUUCGAGACGUUUGCGACACUAUGUGAUGUCCUGAUCGAUGCCUACGCGCGGCUGCUGAGCCUGCUGCCGACGCCGAGGGAGUGCAACGCCGCCGUGGCCGAGCAAUUUACCAAGGCGGACUCGAGGGUACGCAAGAUCAUCGUCCAGGGCAUCGUCAAAGAGUUUGAGGAUACCAGCAGGAACGGGGUCAAGACAGAGGUGGCCAACGUGGGGAAGAUCGUGCUUGGCGGACUGAUGUGA